AUGAAUCGGAUGUUGAUGUUACUCUCUCGCGAUGUUGGGGGCAAAAGAAUCACUCUCAGAAUCAGAGACACGCAUUUUCAUCAUCAUCGAGCCCUGCAUCCUUCUCUGCUUCUCGCUCCAACGUUCUCGUCUUCGCUUUCUUCAACUUCGGGAAACAAAACCAAUUCCAAUCCGUUUAACGGAGGAAAAGAAGAACACAUUCUUCGCGGCCUAGCAGCGGGGACCAUCGGCGUGGCGUUGUUCAUGACGUCCGCGGAGUGCGAAAGAAGCAGCGAUGAAAAAGCUUUUGAUGAUGAUGCCGAUGAUAAUGAAUGGUUUCUUUUAAAAAGAGCGAAAGAAUUUGUAUCUCAACUGACCGGAGGAGCAAACACUUUGGGAGGAGUUUCGCUCGUUUCGGACGAAUACAGGAGGGAGGUAUUUUUCGCGUACGAGAAUCGCUUGCGAGAACACUCGAACUUGGACAAAGUGUUCGCGUAUUUCGCGUCCGGGAAAAACGCGAGAGGGGAAACGAUGAUGACGAAAGAAGAUUUGAUUCGAUCGGCGAUACCGGUGUACCAAAAGACGAACAUCCGGUCGGGGAGUUUAGAAGGCGAAGUGGUCUCGGAAGAAGAGGUUGAAGGGAAAGACGUGACGGAAACGAACGUGUUGAAGUCGAAGAAAAAUAGGAGUUUCGUCGGUGGAGAACGGAUCGCGGCGUAUUUCGAUACCAACAACGACGGGAUGAUCAACUUUCCAGAGUUUGUGUUCUUCACGACGCUGAUGAAACUUUCGGACGAACAGAUUUUGAAGGAGUUUUUGAAAGCGGACGUGGAUGGGAACGGGGCGUUGGACGCGCACGAGUUUGCGAUGAUGAUGCGACGGAUGCGAAGUAGUAGUAAGAACGUGAAGGCGGAUUUUUUGAUGAGCAGAACCGGGGUUAACAUCGAUCAAGGGAAUUUAGACGUCAUCGGGAACGGGAUUUACAAUCAUUUUUUUAAAAAGAAGAAGAACAAAUCCAAAAUCGAAAGGUGGUUCGGUAGAGGCGGCAAUACUAGCAAUAGCGAUGAUAGCAACACUAGCAACGAGAGCAAAUACGAUUUGGGGAGGAAAAUAACUCUUGGGGAGUUUCGCGCGUUUCUCAACGAAAUCGGCGACACGCUCGUGGACAUGGAAUUUUCCCACUACGACGAAGAGAACAACGGGUGGAUCUCCUCGAGAGAUUUAGCCUACGCGCUCAUCACUCGAUCGAACGCCGCAAAAAUUCACGAUUACUUGGGAAUUGCCCGAGCACUCUCCGACGAGGAUAACUGCUGCUCUCGUGAACAGUUUCGAGACUUUAUUCGCGUGUUGAGACGUUCGGAUUCGUUCGAACGCAAAAUAAAAGAGGAGAAGAACGGCGAAGUCACGCGAGAGCACUUCAUCGAACUCUUCCGCGAGUGCAACAAAGAAAACAAAGGGAAACGAUUCGAGUAUAAGAAACUUUUGGAAAUGACGGACAUUCUGUUUCGGAUUUUCGACGCCGACGGCAACGGAUCCAUCUCCAUCGACGAGCUGAACGAAGUCAGACGAUUGGUCUCCCGAUGA